AUGUCUCUCACAAACGCAACCCCAGCAGAAGCUGCAAGCGGGGCCAAGACUGCUUCUCACAUUCUGGCUACACUGCCAACAGCCUCAAGAAAUUCAGCUCUGACUGCUAUUCAUGAUGCGCUUUUGCAAAAUAAAGAAGACAUACUGGCCGCUAAUGCUCGAGAUCUCGAAUUGGCUGAAAAGGAAGCCGAAGGUGGUCGUUUGAGCUUAAGUUUAGUAUCAAGAUUGGAUCUGGGCAAAAAAGGAAAAUGGGAGGAUAUGUUAAAGGGAAUCUUGGAUGUCAGAGAUCUUGAAGAUCCUGUUGGAAAGGUGACAUUACGAACACGGCUUGAUGAUGGUCUAGACCUUGAGAGAGUGUCGUGCCCCAUUGGAGUACUUCUAAUCAUUUUUGAAGCACGUCCUGAAGUCAUUGCCAAUAUUGCCUCGUUGGCAAUCAAAUCCGGAAAUUCUGCCAUCUUGAAAGGUGGCAAAGAGUCUACUGAGUCUUUCAUUGCUAUUUCCACGGUUAUCUCAGCAGCUUUGCAGUCGACAGAAGUUCCGGCAGCUGCGAUACAAUUAGUCACCACCAGGGAUGUGAUCCCUCAACUGUUGGCAUUGGAUCAAUACAUCGAUCUCGUUAUUCCAAGAGGCUCAAAUGAAUUGGUCAGGUAUAUCAAGGAUAAUACCAAGAUUCCAGUCAUGGGCCACGCAGAUGGUCUCUGUUCAAUAUAUCUUGAGAAAUCUGCUGAUCCGGCAAUGGCGACAAGAGUUAUUGUUGAUUCGAAAACUUCAUAUCCAGCAGCAUGUAAUAGCGUGGAGACUUUGCUUGUCGAGCAAGCUGCUCUCGAGACAGUUCUCCCACAAGUUGCGCAAGCACUCUUAGAGAAGGGUGUCUCGUUACGAUGCGAUUCUUCAAGCAAAACAGCUCUCACAUCAAGACUUCCUUCUCAUCAAGGGCUUUUCCUCCAGGAUGCAGUAGACAGUGAUUUCGAUACCGAGCAUCUAUCGCUUACUCUUGCUAUCAAGACUGUUUCUAACCUCACCGAGGUCAUCUCACAUAUCAACAUUCAUGGUUCCCACCACACCGAUGUGAUUCUUACCUCGUCCUCUGAACUCGCUGAGCGAUUUAUGGCUGGCGUGGACUCAGCAGGAGUCUUCUGGAAUACUUCCAGUCGCAUGGCUGAUGGUAUGCGCUUUGGCUUCGGUACCGAAGUAGGAAUCUCAACAAACAAGAUCCAUGCACGAGGACCAGUUGGUUUAGAAGGUCUUAUGAUCUACAAAUACAAAAUUCGCGGCAAUGGCCAAAUGUCCGUCGAAUAUGGCGAGGGAGAGGGGCAAAAAAGGUUCAAGCAUGAAGAUCUCUCGAUAUAA